CCUACCCCGCAUACAUAUGUACAUUAGGUAUGACUCAACCGACAUAUUUUCUAGUCCACCCAUCAGACCUCACGAUAUCUAGCAAUAUUUGAUGGUAGAGUCAGGCCUUGCCGACACCUAGCUUGCCUCUGGUUCCAAGCUAGGCAAGGAGGCAGCAACAUGGCAACUAGUGAGGCGAAGUCAACUCGUUCCAACGUGCAGCUGAAGACGCCAAAAGGUACUCGGGACUGGGUUGGUCCGGACCUUGUCCUUCGUGAACAUAUCUUCCGGACAGUCAGCGACGUGUUCAAGCGUCAUGGCGGCACCCCAUUGGAUACGCCCGUAUUCGAACUUAGAGGAAUUCUGACAGAGAAAUAUGGAGAGGACUCGCGUCUUAUAUACGAUUUGGAAGAUCAGGGUGGGGAGCUCUGCUCUUUGCGAUAUGAUCUCACCGUUCCGUUUGCUCGCUGGUUGGCCAUGAAUACCAACAUCACACAGAUCAAGCGCUACCAGAUUGCAAAGGUCUACCGUCGGGACCAACCUGCGAUAGCUCGUGGGAGGCUCCGCGAGUUCUACCAAUGUGACUUCGACAUUGCUGGGGUUUACGACCCCAUGAUACCUGAUGCCGAGGUUCUGCGGGUCAUCAUCGAAGUUUUCGAGGCGCUAGAGCUCGAGGUUUCGAUCAAAAUCAACCACAGACAAAUUCUAGACGGCCUCUUCGCCGUUGCGGGCGUCCCAGACGAAAAGGUCCGUCUCAUCAGCUCAGCCGUCGACAAGCUGGAUAAAGCACCCUGGGAUGACGUGAAGAAAGAGAUGGUCGAGGAAAAAGGCCUGCCCGAGGAAGUUGCCGAUCGCAUUGGCAAAUAUGUGGGACUCAAUGGCGAUUUGCGAAAAAUACUGGAGUUGCUUCAGUCAGACGAAACGUUAUCCGGAAAUAAAAAGGUGCAAGCUGGACUGAAAGACAUGGGUCUUCUCGUCCCCUACUUGGAGGCGUUGGACGUUAUCGACAAAGUUUCUUUCGACCUCUCGCUUGCUCGAGGCCUGGACUACUAUUCUGGUGUUAUCUAUGAAGUCUUGACAAAACCGCCCAGCCAAUAUGGCCCUGGGGCUCCCGCCGAGGCCAAGAGCGACGGCCUGUCCAGCCAAGUUGGCAGCAUUGCUGCAGGUGGCCGCUAUGACAACCUCGUGGGCAUGUUCGGAAAGCGCCCUAUGCCGUGUAUUGGAGUCUCGUUUGGGGUUGACCGAAUUUUCACGAUCUUAGACGCUCGACGUGGAAAGAAGGCAGGGGUCUUGACACGUGAGAUCGACGUCUACGUCAUGGCAUUCGGCGGCAAGGACACGGACGGACUACUUCUUGAGCGAAUGGCGAUCGCUCGGCAGUUGUGGAAUGCCGGCAUCCGAGCUGAAUUUGCUGCUAAGGUCAAAGCCAAGCUGCCUCAACAGUUCAAGGCAGCCAAGGACGUUCCUCUUGCGGUGAUUAUCGGCCAGGACGAGUUGGCUGAUGGUCUGGUUAGGCUGAAGGUUUUGGGGGCUGGUGAUGGCGAGACUGACGAGAAAGAUCGGGGGCAACUUAUUUCCAAGGACAACCUGGUUACAGAGGUUAAAAAGCUUCUUUAGCUUGUCUUAGUCUAGAAUGUAGAUAAACGGCAUCUAUCUCUGUUACCCCAAAAGCUGAUGCCACAUUCAAGAAAUAAUAAUAAUUUGGGAUGUUGGUGAUGCGUCAUGCUGUUUGUUGGUGAUGCAUCUUGUUGGUGAUGCCAGCGUCUCAGCUGAUGGAACGA